AAUGCUAGAGCUGAAAUGGGUGAGGUGAGAGAAGAAAAUGCCAGACUAAAAUUGACCUUACAGCAUAUGGAGAAGGAUUACCAGUCUCUCCAAUGUCGUUUUCUCGACAUCCUUAGACAAGAGGCUUCCAAGAAAGCUACAAAUGUUGAUGUUGGUGUUCAUCGAAUCGAAGAACCCAAUCAGCUCUUGUCUCUUUGCCUUGGAAGAAGUCCAAGGGAGCCCAAAAAUGAUGAAACUAAUACCACCAACUUCACCAAACUUGUACAAGUUGAUCAUGAAGACUUGAAUGCCAACCUUACUCUUGGAUUAGCUAACUCUAAAUUAAUGGAGUUGCCUAUGGAGCUUGUGCGUAGACAAAAACCUCAGGAGACUAGUUUGGAAGAGCCCAAGGAUCAUUCAGAAGCUGGAGCUGGAGAAUCUUUGCCUCCAUCAAGUAAAACACCAAAGACAACGAGAAAUGAAGAUGAUGAAGUUCCACAGCAGGCCAAUGCAAAAAGAGCUAGGGUUUCCGUCAGAGUUAGAUGCGAUACCCCAACGAUGAACGAUGGAUGCCAAUGGAGAAAAUAUGGACAGAAGAUUGCAAAAGGAAAUCCAUGCCCACGAGCAUACUACCGCUGCACAGUUGCACCAGCAUGCCCUGUGAGAAAGCAGGUGCAAAGAUGUUAUGAGGAUAUGUCCAUCUUAAUCACCACCUACGAAGGAACCCACAACCACCCACUUCCAUUCACAGCCUCUUCCAUGGCUUCCACCACCGCUGCGGCAGCUUCCAUGCUAUUGUCUGGCUCCUCCACAUCUCAGCCGGGUUUCGGUUCCACAGCCACUCUACUCAAUGGAUCAGAUUUUGGUGUCUUUGAUAGUUCAAUAACAAACCAGCUCUACUUGCCCAAAUCUUCCAACCCUUUGCUCCCCACAAUCACUCUAGACCUCACUGCCUCUCCAUCCUCUUCACAGAUCCAUUUGAAUAGGUUGUCUUCUAGCUUUGCUUCAGCUUGCCCAUUCCCUUCAAGCCUCAGCUUUUGUUCCUCAGAGUCCAACAUUUCGCCCAACAGUAGGGGCAAUGGAUACCUUAAAUAUGGCUCACUGCCGUUUGACAAAGGGUCCUUCAAUCUAGAUCAACCUUAUGCAGAAAAGAAUCAGCAAUCUUCUUCUCAGUUGUCUUUAACAGAAUCUUUAACCAAGGCAAUCACGUCAGACCCUAAUUUCAAAUCAGUAAUUGCCGUAGCACUUUCAUCCAUGGUUGGAGGUGGUGCUGCUACUCAUCGAAACCAAGGCGAAGGCGAAAGAUUAGGACACCACUUGAAGUGGAGUGAAGCUGCUCAUCAGUUUACUUCUCAUAAUCCAUUGAUACAGAACGGGAAAGGAUGCAGCACACCGAGCAUUUUCAACAGAUUGUCAUCUUCAGACUCUCAAAAGUGAAACGCGAUCCACUGUCAUUUCCCUGAUUACAUCUACUUCUGCUAUCAGGGAUACAAGCUUAUAAAUUAUGAUAUCAACCACUGGAAAUUCUCUUUUGCAGCGGGGCAGUCACUCAUGUUGUGUUGCCAAACUAUCAAUCUUCGACCAUUGAUCAAGUAAACUUUUGUUUAAUUCUGUGGUUCGGAAUGAUAGUAUAGCAAA